ACUACUUGGCUUUAUAAGACUUCUCCAAAUACUAGACUCACGUUUUAACUUCAGUGAGUAGAUCUUCUACCUGAUCAACAGUUAAAAAAGCAGCCAGGAAGUAAGCAAGUUUACACAAACAGGACGUGGUAGGCAAUAAUUAUGGGUGUGUGCUGGGAUUGGGAGACAGUUAUUCAUAAUUUUAUACUUUCUAUCUGCAACAUCUGUCCACCCAGUCUUCCUGUCUCUCUGUUUUUUUUUUACUUACAGCUGAAGAGCCAUAAGAGACUGAAAAGCCGCCUUUUUAAGCCUGCGCAGCAACAAAGUGAGAAAUGAGCUGCCAGGGGUCCCGGCGGGGCACAACCCAAAAAAUAGGAAACUCGGGACACCCUUUGCAUAGGAUCCCGAGGGGUCGGGUGCAGCGUGACCUCAGCGGUUGACCCGGGUGGCCGCCUGAAGGCGGCGACCUUCGCAGUCCAAACCUAGCUCGCGGAAGCUGGCUUGAGGGACGUGGAAAGUUAACGAAGGACACACAGCUCGGGCUACGGAACCAGAGAAUCAGCACCUCCGAAUGAGACAACGGCCCGAAGCCGAAAAAGGCUGGCAGUGGCAGGAAAUCUACAGCGGGUCCUUUAACGUCGUGGUGGCUUUGUUAUCUCUGAGCACCAAGCGCGAACACCUGAUAAGGAUCUUUAAGUCUCACUGAGGAAACAACAGCAACAUUGAGCUUCCCUCUCACCAGUUAACAGCGAAGACACGAGGACACGUCUUUCAUCAACAAAGAGCUAAAAGUCUGCUGCUUUCCUGACACAAAGACAUCUGUCAUCAUGUCAGAAGCAACUGUCUCUGUGAUGACGGCGACUGACUAUGAUUAUUCAGAGUACUUUGAGCGUGGAACAGAAGAUUUUUCUCCCUGCGACAGUGGCGACGUGGUGAACUUCAGCAGAGUGUUCAUCCUUAUUCUCUACGUGUUGGUCGUCAUCCUCGGCUUCACCGGUAAUGUCCUGGUGCUGUGCGUCCUGGUGAAACACCGUAAGCAGACGACCUUGACAGAUGUCUGUCUAUUCAACUUAGCUUUGUCUGACCUCGCCUUCAUCUUCAUACUUCCAUUCUACGCACACUACACGAUGGUCAAACAAUGGACCCAUGGUGACUUUUUGUGCCAUUUCAUCGGUGGUUUCCACAGCACUGGCUUCUUCUGCAGCGUCUUCUUCAUGGUUGUCAUGACACUGGACCGCUACAUGGUUAUCAUGCAUGAUGCCAAGGUGGUCAAAUACCGCACUGUGAGGGCGGGGGUCGCUCUCACUGUGGUUGUGUGGUUCCUGAGCUUGUGCGUCUCCCUUCCUGAUUUCAUAUUCACCGCAGAGAGGAAAGAGCCUCACGGGCUGGGUUGCACUUACGUCUCGGCGAACGACGCCUGGAGCGUGUACACCAUCUCAUCCAAGAAUAUUUUGGGUCUGCUGCUCCCUUUGCUGGUUAUGGUGCUGUGCUACUCCAGGAUCAUACCCGUCUUGAGGAGGAUGAGGAGUGCAAAGAAACAACGUGUUGUCAAGCUGAUCAUUUCAAUAGUGGUCAUCUUCUUCCUCUUAUGGACGCCGUGUAACAUUUCAAAUUGUCUUAUGUAUCUGCAUUUCAAGGGUAAACUCCUACAUGACUGCGACUCUUUCCAAAAUUUAAAGCUGUCACUAGCAGUCACCGAGACAAUUGCCAACGCCCACUGCUGCUUGAAUCCCAUCAUAUAUGCUUUUGUGGGACAAAGGUUCAUGAGGCGUGUCAUGAUGUUGAGUAAAUGUGUUCGUGGGACUUCUACUGCCCGCAGACAUUUGGCAGAAUUCUCCUCCCGGAAGAGUUCAGUCGGCUCCUCUGAGGGCACGUUUAUCAUGUAGCUUUAAUCCUAUCGAUCGAUCGAUCGAUCGAUCGAUCUCACAGAGAGUUGCAGAAAUUGUUUGAUUGCGGGGACCGCCUCAAAAGGUUGUGCUGAA